CAACGAACCGUCAUGAGAAAUGAAGCAUCGCUAUGGCCUGUCGAUGCACGAUCUGUGGUACAUCUGCCCCUAUACACCAGUCCGCGUAUAACUUUAGCAGCAUUGACGGCAGAGGAUACAACCUCGCGCAGUCUUAGCAGAUGUCCAACUUAGGUGGAUGUGUCGAUGGGCAUCAACGUCGCCCUGCGCAAAGACAACGGUCAUCGGCUCGUAGCCUCUGGCUAUGUGAUCAAGUGCGCUCACGGCCAGGCUGGUAUUUUCACACGUGACGGAACAGGAUUCCUGCACAUGGAUGGCAGCUUGGUCGCACUCGUCGAGCAGGGCAAGAACAAGAACAUGCUCACCUGCAGGGUGAGUCUGAACGAUGAGGACGAGGACAACUGUACUAUCGUAGUACAUGGGUCUGAUCGCCACUCUGCUGCCAUCUUGACUACGCUCCGAGAGCACGGCGCUGCCAACGCGACUGCCAUCACUACGACCGACUUCGACAAGACGUGGCGCAAACUCUUACAGCCGCACUUCGGUUCUCCCACCCCCGUCCCUUGCGAGCAGUGGAGCAUGCGGAUCAGUCGACUCGGCGUUGUCCACGGUUCCACCAACAAGUCCACCAUCAAGAGAAAGGUCACCUACCUGUGGUACAUCUGUUAUGGUCCCGACCAUGAGAACGGCGACAUCGCCGACACCCACACCCUCGCGGAGCAGUAGGCAAACUACAGCCUUUGUGUACCACCUACCAAGGAACCAAGCGGCAAGAAGCCCAAGGCUACCGCCCCGCCCAUCCUCCCCU